AUGCUCCCUCUGCGGGAGGACAGCCGGGAAGAGGGCAUCUGCCCCAUCUGCCAGGAGUGCCUGAAGGAGGCGGUGCGCACUGACUGCAGACACCUCUUCUGUCGAGCGUGCCUGGCCCAGCACCUGGAGAAAGCCUCAGCCUCCGGGGUCCUCAGCUGUCCCCUCUGCCGGAAGCCCUGUUCCGAGGGGGUCCUGGGGGCCGGCUAUACCUGCGACAGCCACCAGAAGAAGGUGUGCUGGUUCUGUGAGGAGAGCAGACGCCUUCUGUGUGUGGAAUGCCGGGUGUCCCCUGAACACAAGUCUCACUGUGAACUGGCCAUUGAAAAUGCCAUCAGCCACUACAAGGAACGACUCAACCGCAGGAUCAGGAAGCUCAGAAAGGACAUCUGUGCACUCCAGAGGCUCAGGGCUCAGGAGGAGGAGAGACUGCAGGCUAUGCAGGCAGACUGUAGGACCCACAGGAUGGAGGCUGAACUGGAGCGUCAACACCGAGCCGGGAGACAGCUAGAUGCCCUCCCUCAGCAGCAGCCAGGCCAGCUGGAGGACAUGCCAGCAGAGGUGUCCAGAAUCCCUGGCAUUUCCAGGGCAAUGAUUCAACUCAGUAGCCUGGUCACUGAACUGGAGGGGAUGGCUAAGAAACUGGAUGCCAGCCUGCUGAAGGACGCCAGCGACCUAUUGAACAGGUAUGAGCCGUGGCUCCCACUGCAGAAGUCAGGAUCCAAGACCUCCGUUUUGCCUGUGAACUGA